AUGGCCCAACGCGGGGCUCUCGUCGUGGUGGAAGGCCUCGACCGCGCAGGCAAGUCGAGCCAGUGCGAGCUGCUACGCAAGAGUCUGGAGGAAUCCGGCAUGCCGGUGAAAUACAUUCGGUUUCCAGACCGGACGACCGCCAUUGGAAAGAUGAUAGAUGAAUACCUACGUGGCCAGUCGCAGUUGGACGACCACGCCAUCCACCUGCUAUUCGCUUCCAAUCGCUGGGAGGUGGCACGCAGCAUCGAGCAGGAUAUCGCCAGGGGAUAUAACGUGAUCGUGGACCGCUACUCGUACUCGGGUGCGGUGUACUCAGCCGCCAAGGGCAAUCCCAACCUGUCGCUGGAGUGGGCGUGGCUGCCGGAGAUCGGACUGCCGCGGCCUGAUCUCUGUCUCUUUCUACAGAUCUCGCCUGAUGAGGCCGCCAAGCGCGGGGGGUUCGGUGGUGAGAGGUAUGAGAACCAGGCUAUGCAGACACGCGUGCGCGAGCUGUUCCACGCCCUUUUCAAGGUGGUGCGGGGGGGUCACGACGAUGUCCAGAUCAUCGAUGCAGGCCGGUCGCUCGACGAGGUAGCGAAUGAUAUCCGGGAUGCCGUGCGGGGAUGUAUCGAACGUCUGGAUGCUAUCGGUCCGUUGAGGAAGUUGGGGCCGUGGCCGGGGAGUCCUCGAGCAGAAUAG